AUGGAUCUGAGAAAAUGUUCAACGAGGGAGGGAGAGUCGAGCAAGUUGGAGGCAAUGGAGGAAUCUCCGGCCGUGGCGAUUGCAUCCGUGACAAAGCGUAAGGCCGAGUUCGAGCUGGAGGAGGAAGAGAGCGGCUCGGAAGAAUACGGAAGAGAAGUAUACGAAGACGAGGGGGGCAAGAAGUGGAGGCGCCCUGAAUGGGAUGUGGACAGCUUCGACGGUCUCGAGUACCGUUCCUCUGAGGAAGACGUAUUUACCGACGAAGAGGAAGAAGAGAACUGGCGCCGCUACAAGCGCUUGGUCAUCGGGAGCAAGGGUUUUUACGUUGAGCCAGGGCUUACGGCUGGGACAAUUCAGUCCACCAUUGUAGGCAUCAAACCAGUACGUGAUAUGAGUACGUAUGCCGGUCACGGCGAAACCCACCUCGAGUUCUUUGAAGAGAUGAGCAAUCUCUGUCUCCAGAAAUACAACCAAGAAAGGGGUCUCAAUGUGGAGUUUGUGCAAGUGGUGAGAGGUAACUUCUCACUAGGAUCUCGAUCAAAGACCUACGUCACUUUUCUCGCCAAGGAGAAGCCUGAUGGACCUCUCGUCGAGUACCAAGCCAAGGUGUGGAGCACCUUCAAAAAGGGCGAGAACUUUCCCAUCCUCUGUCGACCCGCUCCUCCCCUUCCGUUUUCCAUCCACAACUAG